GUGAAAGAAGUCGCACCAACAAGAGCUGAUUCGUUUCAAAUACUCGUAUUGCAGACUGGAAAAACCGUUUCAAGUGCAUCAAUAUUCGCCUAUGGUAAGUUCAACAAGUCGGCAGGUGAAGUGGAUAGGGAUGUUGGGCUGACAAGACUCACUCAUUUUUGCUUUGCAAG